CCUUCUCUUGAGCCAAAGAGGAGAGGAAAGAUAGUAAACACUUUUUACACAGGGUUCCAAUCGGCUUCUGGAUUGAGUUCCCCAAGCAUUGGAAAGUGGAAAGGAAGCCCUUCACUCUGUUUCCUGGACUACAACUCCCACAAUCCUUCAGCCAGGGAGGGCACUUGUUGGUAGAGGAUGAGGAUGGGAGUUCUUAUCUUUAUAGAAAACGACUUCAAGUUAAGGAGGAGGAGAAAGAAGAAUGUGAUUUGUGCAAGAAGGAAAUUAUAGGAAGAUAGAAGGUUUUUAUGAAGAAGAAAAAAAGAAAGAAGACCUUCUUGGACUUAACCAUCAAUAAAUACUAUUUUGCAGUAUGUUGUCACUUUUAAUCAGAAAAUGUAAGAGAUUGCCAAUGCUGUCGACAGGUUUGUUAAACAAGGACCAAUUUCUGUACAGGUCUGUUGCUAAUUCUUCCCUUCUUUAUGGGAAGAAGAAAAAUACAAGUGACUAUGAAAACACUGACCAAGAAAAGUAUGGGGAUUUGAUCCGUGACCUUGUGUCCUGCAAAGAUAGUUUUCAGAGACCUGAAUCAAUGUUUAUAGAAGAUGAUAUGCUUUAUGGACAUGAAAGUAAAUAUAGGCCUUCACCUCAGGAGGCUGAAACAAACCUUAAUGGGAACAGGAUUCCUCUACUGAAUCCUAGUAAGACCUCUUUGCACCAGCAGACUGUCCCAGGACUGCCCUUGCAAAUCAGUUUGGAAAAGAGGAAUUUAGCCAGCGUGACAUCUGUGCUACAGCAGACCAUGCCUCUGGAGCAAGCUUUUUAUCUGGAGAGGUGGAAACAGAGAAUGAUUCUGGAACUUGGAAAAGAGGGGUUUGCAGAAUACACUAAAAAUAUCUUUCGACAGGGAAAGUGCUUUCAUGCAGCUAUGGAAAACUUAUUGUUAGGUGAUGACAUUCCUGUGAAGGAACAGGGAGAAGACACUGAUGUCUCUGGCUUUGUGAAAAGUGUAAAGCAUGUGCUACAAGAAGUCACUGGAGUAAGAGCCCUCGAAAGUGCAGUACAGCAUGAGACACUUCAUUACCAAGGUCUAGUGGACUGUGUGGCAGAAUAUCGAGGAACAUUAUGUGUAAUUGACUGGAAGACUUCAGGGAAAUCGAAGCCAUUUCUCCGGAAUACGUUUGACAGUCCACUACAGAUUGCAGCAUACAUAGGAGCCAUUAAUCACGAUACUAAUUAUAACUUCCAGGUUGAUUGCGGACUCCUUGUCAUUGCCUACAAAGAUGGCUCUCCUGCACAUCCUCAUUACAUGGACACUGAUCUAUGCUCUCAGUACUGGAAAAAGUGGUUGUGUCGUUUGGAAGAAUAUAAAGAGAAAAGGAAAGGCAGUGAAACUGCAUAA